UAUGCUUAUGGAGUCAACAUAAAGUGUUCCACUUCCAGUGUGUUUACACUCUUCAGACUUUAGUCUCCACUAUUGAUGAUAUGGGACUUCAAUAUUUGCUAUUCAGAAUGGAGAGUGUUACAAGUAGGAACAUAAAGAGAUGGGCUGUUUACACGCUGUGCUUUCAAUGGGCCCAGACUAGGUUACUAUGGUUGGGGGCUUUAAGCCGUCCAUUGUGUUCUUGCUUGCUUUUGUGGCGUUUCUUUUGACUGUUUGGCCCCACUGACUGCACAGGAAUAAUGCAGUGUUUGGUGUAACAGGCAGAUGAGCUGUGUUUCGUAGGCAAGUGUUAGGAUGGAUUGAUGAGAUUAUCUUUUUGGAAGAAGGGAGCCUCACACAUGGUGGUGGUACAUGGAAUCGUGGAUUUAUUUAAUAGAACAUCAAUAUUGAUUUCAGAUUGGAGUGACCUUAAUCCAUUUGUGGUGUUGAUUUUGAUACACACUCAGAUAAUAAGAGCUACAUCUUUGUGGUUUGCUAAAGACCUUCAAACAAUGCAGCUACAUCUUUGUGGUCAGGAGAGACAGUAAAAUAAUAGAGCUACUGUGUACAUGAACAAGUUUGAAUCUUUGAUUUAAUAGAGACCUACAUGUAGACCAAGUAGUUACUGUAUGAAAUGUAACUUUGAUUAUCAGUUUCAAAGUUUUUAAUAACUUUGGUGCAUUUUCUGCCAGCUUGUGUUUUUUGGAGAGAAAAAUACCAAGAACUUUUAUAUCCAUGAUGAUUUGAAAAAAAAUUAUGCAUUACUAUAACUUCAAGCCUUUUUGGAGUUUGUAUGUGUGGAUUCAAGUGUUAAUUUAAUUUUCUCUUAGUGAUGGAAUGUUCUUUCUAAGAUAGCAGUGCAGGUCUGGAUACUAUAGGCCUACUUUCAGCUCUACCUGAUCAUAAUUCCUCAAACUUGAAAGUUCACUCUGCUUGAAAUCAUGAAUUGGUGAGAACAUGAAGACUGAAUAUUUAUAGGAGUCACUCAUAAGGAGCAUAUAUUCCCUUUUAGUCAUAAAGACUCGGUAAUCGGCAAUGAAACUGAAAAAAUAGACUUUAAAUCGAGACUUGACUUCUAUCAUGUCUGAGAGAGGAGAAGAUAGUUCACUUCCUAUGAUGGGCCCAGGUAGAAGAGCCAAAUCGGCAGAUCCUUGUCGUUCCCGACAAAGGGCCCAGUCUGCUAAAAGCACUCGCAGUGCCAUUGAGACAGUAUUACCAACAUCUCAAAAUGCAGUGUCCAGGGCAGUAUACCUUCGGAGAUUGAACAUUCUUAUGUCACAGAAAGAAGAUAAUUCAAACCUUCAAAGAUCAGCAACUCCUAAUUCAUUCGGCUGUUCAUUAUCAGUUCCAUGGACGUUUCAUUCAAGCACCAGGAUGAAGCAAGUUCCCCUUCCACAAGUGAGGAAUAGCUCACGUACAGGGACCGGCGCACCAAGGAAUAUGAAGAAUGUAUCUAUCAGUGGUGAUCGAUAUCUAGGCUCAUCAAAGACUGGACGGCAAAACACUCAAAGCUCUCUACACAAGUCCUAUCCACAGUAUGAUGCGCCCUCGUUGCCUAAAAAGGAGCAGGUUCAUAGAUUUGAAGAGGAGCAGACCAACCUAUAUAUCACACGGACGAUGAAACGAAAGUCAGAGAUCCUAUCUCACCGAGUUGAUAGAUUGUACUAUCUCUGUGGAUCAGGGUUCCCGGUGCAGGGCAGGUAUGAGGUCAGCGAUGUUGAAUUACAAAAACUUCGAGAGUUCUCAAGGGUUCGAAACAAUAGCAGAGCUACAAGUGGUCGUUCAAGGAGUGUGCAUAGUUUGACUGAAUCUAGUCUGUUAACAGAAAGCAGGGGUAAGAGAUCACCUCUUGGGUCACCAUUAGGAUCACCUCGCUGCACACCCGUUCCUCCUAACAUUGAUCUUACCGUAGAAGGAAGCGGGGUCACUCACUCUGGUGACAAGGUCAAAGGUCAUGCAGUGUCUAACCAAAGUCAGAGUGAUGGUACUCAACAAGCUCAGAUGUCUUCCAGAAUCCAAGAUGGAAAUACAAUAAACGAAGAUGGGAAGAAGAGUUCUUUGGACAGUAACACCCAUAAUAGGAAAGCAGGAGACUCGUCAGAAAACGAGAACUCUUCUGAGAACCAGAUUUCAGGUGCCAGUAGGACGGAGCACUCGUCAGAAGAACAACAUGCUAGCCCUCAUAGAACCAGAGAGACAGAACGUGAUGCAAAAGAUAGGACUGAGUGCAAGAAAGAUAGUGGACAUGUAGAUAGGCAGAAUGGAAAGUUGGGUGGAAGAUCUGACGGAGAAGCAUUGAAAGUAGAUGGACAAGGAGCAGCCUCUCGACAGCUUUCAACUGGUGGUGAUGGAGACGGUGAUGCAAACAAGGAAUGCAGAAAUGGUGAAGGAACAGUUGUAGGAGGAGGCGGGGAUGCUGCUGGUGUCUCAGGAGGACCGGAAUCAUCUGGUGAUGCUAUCCAGGAUUCAGAUGGUUGCCAAGGAGAUGGUGAUAAUGCAGAUGGUUGCCAAGGAGAUGAUGAUGGUGCAAAUGGUCGCCAUGGAGAUGGUCAAGGUCAUGAUGAUGCAGAUAGUUGCCAUGGAGAUGGAGAAGAUGAACUUGAAGAGGUAGAAGGUAGAGAAGGCGGAGAUGAUGCCUUGAACAGACUCUCUUCUAGUGAUGCCAUACAGGAAUUGGAUGGUCAGCAUGGUGAUGAGGAUAAAGAGGAAUGUCAAGAUAAAGUUCUCAAUGAUGGAGAAGAAAGUGUCACAUCAAAGCAUCCAGUUCUCGGAGAAAGACAGGUUGAGAGUAUUGCACCAGGAUUAAAACUUGAUAAGACACCAUGCACCAUGAAGAAGUCAGAUGUAUACCUGACCGACUUUGGCGAUCCCAAGGCACCACCAUCGAGCGAUAGAGACGGGAAGCCAAUCCACAGCUACGGCCGGGAGAUUGCUCAGCUGGAAAGGAAACUUGACAAGGUGGACACCUUGACCCAGGAAGUAGAUGACAUAGGGCAGGUCACAAGGGUGAAUUCGGAUGUGUCUGAUUGGGGGAAUGACGGCAACCAGGAGGGGGACUAUGAGAGCGGUGUGUUUGCCAGAGCUAGGAGUGACGAGGAGAGGAGGAAGGCUCUGCAGCGGAGGGAGGAAAGGAAAGAAGCAAAGAAUGCGGUUAAGGUGGAACAGAGUGAAGCCCAACGAGUCCGGGAUAAAGCAGAAAAGGAAAGAGCUCUCAAACAGGCUAGGAAAAUCAAGUUCAAGAUGGAGGAUGUGUAUAAUUUCAUCAGUAGCAGGCAACGGGAAAUCUUCAGCCAGAAGUUUAGGGAGCUGGACUCUGACGGUAAUGGGAAGAUUACUCUGAAAGAACUCACUAAAAAGAUGCACUCCACCACUUCUAAGGAUGAUAUUCGCCAUCUUCUUAAGGUGUUUGAUUUGAACAAGGAUAAAACUGUUGACCAGCGUGAGUUUGUGACGGUUGCUGCCCUCAACGACAAACUGACCGGGAAGGAGGUGACAUCAGAGGCCGCACCGUUAGAACUGAACUUGAACCGCCUCUCUGUUCAUAUAACCGCUUACAAGGAAAUGUUUGAUGUUGUUGAUCAGAACGGAGACGGACGUCUGGCGAUGGAUGAGAUCAUGUUCAUCAUCACGGUUUCAACCGGCAUCGACAUCGCGGUCGACAAGGAGGCCGUCCGUUACAUCCACAGCACCAUUGACAAGGAUGGCAAUGGCAGCAUUGAUUUUGUGGAAUAUCUUGCCUUCAUUCCUUUCUUCCAGAAGAUACAUCAGCAAAUAAUCGGAAAGCCUGUCACGUUUGAUGAGAUUGAAGAGGCAAGGAGAGCUGUGAAAAAGGCUAUGAAUAGAUAGUUUGAAAGAGAUUGUAAGACAAGAGAGUCCCAAAGUGUGAUAUCAUAAAGUAUCUAAUUUCUUGUGCAUUUCAGCAUUUUCAUGAGCAUGUUUCAGUAGAGCAUGAUGAAACACAUUCAAAUCAACCAUUUGGACAUGAAGUGGUUCAUGGUGGCCCAAGGGACGGCAAAAUUAAUAUGCAAUAGGCCCCAAUAAAAAUCAUCUUAAAUUGGCCUGAUUCACAACUAUUUAGAAC